GUACAUGUUAUUGAUAUCUCUCAUUCUCAGUUCAUGUAAAAUUUGCUUUAAUAAAUCGUUCGUUUUGGUGACAAAUGUGAUGUUUUUCAAUAUGUGAUCGUGUUUGUUCUAACAUCAGCGUAAACGUAUUGAAAACUUUGUCUCAAUGAAUGUGUUAUGCAGCAAGUUCAUUUUAAAACUAAUGACAUUAUAUGAACUCGAUGUGCUUUUUGGCCAUUUUACUUGGCUUGCGUUGGUGAUUCGUAUAUAGUCACGUGACCAAGUGGAUUUUGGAUCAAUGGCGCCAAAUGUCUAUAGCAGAAAAUGUUGCACCAGUUACUAUUGUGUGGAUACAAUCUAAAGUAUCAUCAUGUAGUAGAAGAUGUGACAUUUUACACAAUGUUGCUACCACGUUCUAAGUGUAAAGAUUUAAGAGUAUCGUGAACAUGUAGGUUAAGAUAAAGACUAAUUGAGAUGUCGUUACGAGGCACAAAGAGGGCAAGUGGUGUGCGCAGUGAGGAGACGGGCAAGUGUAAACGUCGUAGGACAGAACCCGAGGACGCUCUGUGGCAGCUACCGCCUGUCAGUGACCUCAAGAUGUCAUCAAUAUACAACAGAAGUGCUCCUGAAGCACCAGCUGAACUAUUCAGAAAAGAUCUCAUCAGCGCCAUGAAAUUACCUGAUUCGGAACCCUUAACACCAAGUGAAUACUGGAUCAUUACCGAUACCUGGAAACAGGAUUGGGAAAGAGGGGUGCAAGUGCCCGUCAAUCCAGAAUCACUACCAGCUCCAAAGGUCAAAGUGAUUGAAAAUCCUUUGCCUUCAAAUUUUGAAGAAUUCAAACUACCAAAGGACAAAUAUAUACAUUUGUCACGAGACGCAAACUACCAGACAGAGAAGCAUCACCUUAGUGCGACACCAGCUCUUGCUGAGGCGGCAUGCAGCUAUGACCUCGACGCAACCGACACCGCAUGGCUCAAAUUACUGAAUGCAGAGCGGGCGAGAGCUGGUGCAUGUGCUGUUACCGAAGACCAAUUAGAAAAGGUCAUUGAAGAUUUAGAGAAUAAAGUCGUCCACAACCAUCCUUCCGACUUAAGCAGCUUCCAUCAAAGAAGCAAAGCCGAUCUAGAUAAAAUGAAAAUGUUUGUACAGCUUAGACAAGAUUUGGAAAGAGUACGUAAUCUAUGUUAUAUGGUGAGCAGGAGAGAAAAACUAUCAAGAUCGUUCUUUCGAAUGCGGGAGCAAACAUUUCAUAAACAAGUAGCUGUUUUAUCAUCAGAGCCAGGAUUAUCAGGAGUUGAAUUAGCAGCUAUACUGGAAGCUAACCAUGGACCAUCUAUAUACGAUAGAUUAUAUUCUCAUCCAAAUGCACUAGAUCACAAAAAUGAUUUUGACGAACUUUUGGCGCGGAUUGCGCCACAAGACUCAAGUGAUGAUAAAAAGAAGGAUAGAAAUGGUCUCGUUAAGGGUCAAAAGGCAGCAAACCCAUAUAAGAAACAUUAUGUCAAUGGAUCACGGCGGAGUGAAAGUAUGUAUAGUGGUUUAUCCAGUGAAGAGAGUGCACCUGAAAACAACCGAGCCACAAAAUACCGCGGACGAACUAUUGCCUCCAGUACCGAUGAAGAUGUUAAAAAACCUAGUAGCUCCCCCAAGAAAAAGAUUUCACCUAAGGGGAAAGGUAAAAGAUCACCGAAAAAACCGGAAAGAAAGAAGAAGAAAAUACCACAAUCUAAAGCAGUAGUGGAGAGUAGUAGUGACGAUGAAUCUUAUAAAAUGAGUGUUAAAAAAGACAAAUCGCGGAGUAAAACUUUACAGCAAAUGGAAAAAGAGAUGGAUGCUGGUAAAAGUGGUCUGUCGGGUACAGACAGUGGUGACUUGAUGCCUAUGAGAUCUACACGAAACAGUAAAUUUCCAAUUGAUAUAUACUCCGAUACCAGUGAUGAUACAGAUUCUGCAAAAACUGAUCAUAAAUCACAAAAAGUUAAACAAGACAAAGGGAAGACUAUUAGAAGUCGAUCUGAAGGGUCACCCAGCGGUAUUGACUCGCAGCAAGGUUUACCUAGGACAAAAGCAGCUAUGAAAGAGUUUGUGUCCAGUCACUCUGAAAAGAAGUCAUCUUCAGAAGAGAAACCAGCUCCAAAGAAACGAGGUCGCAAACCAUCUAAUAAAGAAAAGAAGUCGUCUACGCCUGUCAAAACUCAUGAAUCAGAUGAUGAAGCUAGAAAUAAAGAAAACAUCAAGCUAUCUAAGCAGAAGGAUAAUCCAUCUGAUUUAAUAGUACCACAAAGGCAGGCUGCAAAAAAAGCUUCAGAAAAUAUGCGAUCUACCACUGUUGCAAAAAGAGAAGAGUCGAGUACCGAUAAACAAGCUAGUGGCGACGAAUCAAGAUCUAAAUCAAAAUCUAAGACAAAAGGCAAAGAUAAUGCAGCUAAAAGUAGCACUAAGAAAUCAUCUAAAGAUGUCGAAAAGGAGCCCAUUGCAUAUGUACCGCAAAGGCAAGCAGCUAAAAAAGCUGCUGCCCAUAUUAAGAGUGGCCUUGGCAGUAAGCUGCCUGUUAUAGAUCCGUCUGAUUCUGACAAAAGGAAGGAUAUCGAUAAAUCUGAUACAACAAAAUCUCCACCUAAGAAAAAUGAAGCAAAAUGUUCGAAGGCAUCUGCAAAUGAUACUUCAAGUUCUACUUCAAAUACUAGUAGCAGUAGUUAUUCUUCAUCUUCAAGCUCAGAAGAAGAACAGGAAAAGCCAACUAUGAAACCUUCUGCAAAGGCCCGGGAAAUAAAACCGAUUUCGAGGCAACCAUCAAUGUUUUCUCCCCCUGGCUCUAGACCAACAGUGGACUUGCCCUUUCUCGACAAGGUGUCAAGACCAUUGUCUUCUACUAGCGCCUCGAGUGACUCUGACACCACUAAAGGAUCCAGAUUUUCUGGCUCUGAAAGUCCAUCUCCAAAAAGACCGCGGCGUCCUAGAAGGGGGAAAAGUUUCUCAAGCGAUGCACAACCACGCAAGGCCCCCAAUAAGAAGCUUAAAACUUCAGAACGGGGGUCCGAGUGUAGGCUAUCAUCGCCGUCUAUUGAAAGAGAGAAAUCGGUUAGACUCGAUGAUGCGCAUGCCCCCACACGUUCUCGGACCAGAAGCGUUACUACAAGCGGAAAUAUGUCUAAUAAGUGUGACGCCAGACAGAGAAAACCAUCUAAAGACGACAUCUUCGUUGCCUCUGGAUCAAAUCAAAAUCCCGAAGAGACCUGUAAGUCCCGUAAACUUUCAGUUGCGGAGCGGGAAGAGGACGAGAAGAUAAAAGACGAAAUGAAAGAAGAAACAUAUGUAGCCACUGAGAUGGUUAAAAAUGAUGUUAAAGUUUCCAGCAGGGACAUCACUCGGCGUAGUGUUUCGGUAGAAGAAAAACAAAAACCGAUUCCAAUUGAUACUGAAAGCUGCACUAUCAUCAAAAGCAGUCCAAGAAAAAGCAUGGAUGUUAAGCAAAAGAACAUAAUCAGCAGACGAAUGAGUGUUAAAUCUUAUCCAUUUAAAGAUACUUCCAUCAAACUUGAUGGUCCCUGUGAAACCAUUACCAAGCCGACUAGACGUGCAUCUCAAAGUUUUGUUCACACUGAUCACUCCUCAUUCUCGCUAAAUACAAAAGUUGAGGUUGAAAUACCGCCAUUCAUAGAAAAUGUUGAAAAGAAAGUACCAUCCACAUUAUCUGAUGACUUUGCUACAACUGAUAAACAUUGGUUACCAAAAGCUACAAGUCCUCACAUUCAUCCACCGCCUGUAGAAAAACCUGGCGGCCAUGAAAAAUAUAUGACCGAAGAUAAAUCAUUCGACUCUGAUUGUACUGAUAAGAGUAGUAUCAAAAUGAUUGCUAAGAUUCAAGCCAAUCUCAAUGAAAACACUAUGAUUAAAUCUCCAAAAACACCCAUGGAUGCGAGAACCAUAAAUUUAGACCCCCUGGAAGAAAAUUCCUUACCGAGGAAUCUGCGUAAACGUUCAACUACUGAACCAGAAAAGAAAUUCAUUGUUCAAGAUGUUAGCCAUGUCCAAGGAGUGGAAAUUUCCAAAAGUGCUAAAAUACCCUCGGCUGCAAAUCCGUUUCCAAAUAGAUCAAUGUUUUCGCCGCAGUCUAAAGAUACUGAGCUUUUUGAAUUUGACAUAUUGGACAAUGAAGGAUUUAACCAUGAAGAUAUUAUGAAGCCUUUUACUACCUACCCAGAGUUUCUUUUUAAGGAGGAUUCCAAGGAACAAGGUGUUCAAGAAACUCUUAACCUUGUUGACCGACUUCGAAUGCAGCUUAGUACCAAAAAAGCUGCCCCAGAAAAUGUACCACGGGAAGAGGAAAUUAAUGUUAGUGAUGAUAAAGAACAUACAGAUGAAGGAGAAAACAGAACUGCAGUGGAUACAGAUAAAGAACAAGAACAUAUGAUUUUAGAACAAACUAUGCCUACAGAACAUCAUGAUGUAAGAUCUCCUAUGAAUGAAAUCCACCAUACAAAUAAUAAACAGUGUUCAACAGAUAACGUGGGUCACCAAGAUGAUGUAGUUGAAAUAGUUGAUGACAAGGAAGAAGAGUCGGAGCAUUUGGCCAAAGAAAAUUGGUCUGAUAUGUCUGUACCAGCAGCUCAAAAUGAUCCGCAAGUAGAACCAGUAGAAAGAACUUAUGGACAUACUAUGUCUUACACAGAAAAUGUUAAAGAACGAAGUCUCAUUCAUUCUGAUGUUCAAUCAAUUUCUGAAGUUGCUGAUUCAAUCUCACUCUCAAAACAAAGUGACGAUUCACAAUCCCUAUCUGUUGUUGAUCAAUCAUUACAUAGUAACGAUCAGGAAUUAUCACAAGACAAUCAAGUAUAUGAUAACAACAAUUCGUUGAUGCAUUCGGAUUGCGCUACAAUAUCUCCGCCUUAUGUAAAUCAAAAUUCAAAAUGGAGGGAAAGCAAAAUAACAACUAGACGAUCAUCAGAUUCAAGCACAAACUCUGAAGGGUCCGUAUGUUCUCGGAAGGCUGAUUUAAAAUCUCAUUUAAAUAGCUGUGAUUCACACUCCGGAGCCAUGAUGGCAGACAUAGAUCAGUACACAUCUGUCCCAGCAUAUUCUUGUUCAGUUGAACCACCGAUGCCUCUGAACCAGUACACUAAUUAUGCUCCAGAUGCUUCGCCAUUUUUGAAUUCAAUGAGCACGUUACCGUUAUUCGCGGCAGGCGCUUGCGCUUCGUCGCAAUUACCUCUUCCAUCACCAGGUCGAGGUUUAUAUCCACCUGGGUUAUCUUUUACUGCUGCACCAUUGAUUCAGCCUUUGACUAAACCUCCAUUUCCUUUAUGCGCGGCGUUUACUACGUCAUCACAAAAUAUUGCGUUGACCACGGCGAUGAUUGCACCUCCGACACCAAAGCCAUUAGAUUCACCACGCGAUGACAUUGAUGUUACUGGAAGUGAUAAGUUUUCGAUUCAUGUCUCUAGUCCUACAAUAAGCGUUGAUUCUUACAAUGAAACGAGCAAUACUAGACCACCUACCAAAAUGUCGAAUGAUAGUAAUGAGACAAUGUCUAGUCUUCAUCCUCAAGAAUCGAAAUCGCCGCCAAAGACUUCAAAACCUACACCUAAAUUUUCAUCUAAGUCACCUGGAAAGAGUCCAGGUAUAUCACCUAAACAAAGCGAUUCUAAAGGAUCAAAACGGACAAGCAAUAGAAGCAAUAGAAGUCAGAGAGGUCGAGGACGGUCAAAAAGUCGUGGCCAAUCUGUGCAUGCUUUUCCUUCUACAGAAUUUACUGAAAAUUCUAUUCAAAGUAAAUUGGUUGGAACGGUUUACGAUUUUGAUGAAGAGUUGGCCAAUGAUGGCGUUGAUUUAAAAGCUCUUCGGGAGAGGCGAAAAUCUGUUGACAUUAGAGACAAUAGAAAAUCGGAACAUUCAUAUAAAGAUACAUCACAGUCACCAAAAGUUUUAAGUCCAGCACAGAGUAAAAAACCUGCAACGGAGGUAAAAGAAAUAGAACCUUCCAUAGAUGUCGAAAAUUCACCUGGUUCACCUUCAAGUAAGAGCAAUUCUGAGACAGGUCCUGGAUUUUCCCAAGUUGCGCCAGUUUUACCUGGCCCUGUGGAUAUGCGUACCUAUCAAAAUGUGGAUACACCCGCGCCCCCUGCUAACGAUGGCAUCCACAGUCACCUUCUGGCAUUCGCUAGUGGCACAGCUGAGCAGCCUUUGGUAGAAAUAGACGAAGAAGUUGAAAAACAACUGCAUAGCGAACUAAUGGCUAGCAAACCAAGACAAGCUGCAUCAACCGAGGUUACCACUUCUGAAGUCAUCCAAGAACCAAUAAAAGAAACACCACAAUUGCCGAAAGUUUCAUUAAGCGACUCGAGAAAUCAAUUAAAGGUAAAAAUAAAAGGUCCGUUCUUGGAUGCCAAUUACUCUACAAGUUCAACACAACCAGCGGCACCGCAGCCUCCUGCUCCUGUUCAUGAUUCCAAUAUCAAUAGCAAUACCACCAGUGGAUCAGCUAAUACUAUGAUGACGGGGUCUACAAAUUUGCGACGAAUGCGAAAGAAGGAAUUGUUGCGGCAAUAUUGGACGCAAGAUAUGAACAUGGAUGAUCCCGCCAAUGCGUCCAAUGCAGGAAUUCCACCGCCUCCCGCUGUACCACAGCCUAUACCUCGGACUGUGAUUACUAUACCGAAAGCAGUCGCAUCGAUGACUAGCAUACCUACAAGAGAAGAUUAUAAAAUUAUUGACACUCCAGUGGAGAAAAAGAAAAGAAAAGUGUCAGGUGUUAAUAGAGAGUUGCGGCACUUAGAAGUAACUAUGAAUGACGAUGUAGACACAUCAGACGAUAUGAAGUUGUCGAAUUACACAACUAAUACUACCCAGAACCAUAAGAGACGUGGUCGUGUUGCCAUAAAACAAAGUAAAUCCAGAGCCACAUCCCCGGUUGCACCUAAAUUAAAGAUAAAAAUCGGCUCUAACACUGUGCAGCAAGUGAACGACGAACCUACUGGUUUCCAAUUUCGUCCACCGAAAAAGCGACUAACUUGCAGUAUACCUAAACCUAGUUUAGAAGAUUUGCGUCGUGAAAGUAUGAAAUAUCGACGCAUGGUCAUGGCAGAUUUUGAAGAAAACGAAAAAGAGAAGAAACUGAAGCUGAAUAAGAGUGAGAAACGUAAGAAGAAGAAAGGGAAAAAAUUGGAGAAAGAAAAACUGCAAGUGAUAAAUAGUGACAAUGAUAGUGCUACCAAACUCAUUAUAAAAAUAAAGCGCAAGAAGGAAGAGGACGAGAAAUCGGGGUCUGAUGAGGCCGGGCCAAGUGCAGCGUUAGUGGUGUCUGAGCCACCUGUGGACCCCUUUGAAUACGACCCCACGGCGCCGGACCCCCUCGCCAUCGACCCCCCUUGCAAUUCUGCGAGCGGCGCCGGCGUGCGCAAGGUGCGAACGUCUAAAGUGACGCCGAUCCGGUUAAAACUGGCGCGCAGCUCACAGGGAUCGGGUUACGUGAUGAAGGAGACCGUCGAAGAGGCUUCGAGCACAGCGCCCGCUUCUUCUGAGGUGUCGACGGCCAGCGCCGCUUCUGCCACCCUUUCAGUUUCCCACAAUAAACACUGUGAAGUGAGAUGAUAUAAAAAGAAAGGUACUCGUAAGUAAAUCGCAAAUUUAACGUGUGACCAAGCGUCAACCUCCUGUAAAUAAAGGACUGAAAUGUUCAGAAACAUAAGUGUAAUAGUUGUAAACAUAGCAUAACUUUCACUUCAAUCAUGUAUCUACUUUAAUAUUUAUUUAUUUGUAUAAAUGGAAAGCUCAAUAAAUAGCUUAAAAUGUGUUAAUCUAAGUUAAAUUAUACUUCUAAUGUGCAUCACAAGUGUUGUCCAUGCAAACUGUAUAAUAUGCAUUAAAUAUAAGUUUAUGUUUAUGUAAAGUAUGUAUAAAGUUUACUUUGUGCCUCAUAUUAAGGAAUCUCAUUAUAUUCGUCAUAAAAUUGAUUUAAGUUCUACCUGUUCUAAAGUAAACACAAAAGACCACUCAUUACUUUUUACAUCUCUGUACAAAUGCUACAUGUUUACAAAGUAUUAUAUUCGCUAGCUACAACGGAUUAUAUUGUAUUACUUGCUAUUUUAUAUUAUAUUUGUCCAGUGUUCAUAUAUUCCUACUCAAGUUAUGAAUAAUUCUUCUAAAUCCAUCUUUAAAAACGACAGUAGUUCAAGUCGAGGUUCUCAUGUUCUAAUUUUGGCCCUUUUCAAUAGACACUUUUAACUUCUAUCUGUUGUAGUAUUUGAGUGUUAAACUGCUAUUGAAGCAUAAUUUUAUCAGUGCCUAACUAUAGAUAAUUCGCAAUUAGUUAUAUUAUUAUUCGUUUACACAAUAAUUCUUAAUUUUCACGAAUCUUUGUUAAUCGGCUAGCUAUGCUUUUUCGCGGAUGCAUAUUUUUGUUAAAUGACACAAGACGACUUAUUAAACAAAUAAAUGCUUGUCUAAUGAUUUCUCAGCACCAUGAUUCAUGACCGUUAGCAACAAAACAGUGCGAAAUAAAAAAAAAUGAUUGCAAUGUUAUUAGAAAAUUCGGUUUUUUUUUUCAUUUUUGAAUUCAAUUUUUAAGUUUUGAUUAUUUAUAAAAAAUCUUUAACUAUGAUUUCUUUUUCGUUUGAAACUGUGAUAAGUAUUUUACUUUUAAAAUAAUCCUUUUUUGAUACAAUAAGUAAAUCAACAGGUUUAUCAAACCGUAGGUUAAUUUACGUAAUUAUGAUAUUUUUUUAAUAUUGCUUUUAUACAGGAAAA